AAAGCUUAAGCUGGGAAAUCCUGGUGGCCGGGACUGUCGGGUUAAGUUGCAGGGUCGCGGGGUUUCUAGGAGAGAGUGGACUAGAGAAGAGGGGUUGUGUGAGAGAGUGGACCAGAGAAGGGGGUUGUGUGUGACGACGGAUGGUGCAUAUGGUGGUUUUAGGGGCGAGGGCUAUCUGUGGUGGUUUCGACCUGAACUUGUGGGGCUUCGUCAUUCUGUCGAUUGCCGGAACAGACUUACGAGCAGCCUUCGUCACCAGUUGCUUCAGAGGAACCUUGCCGUCGGUAGACUUGUGGAUUUUUUUGAUUGGUAA